GGGAGCAACAGCUUUGCUUCUCUCUCAUCAAUUUUCGUUUCUUGCUUCCUAUUUCUCUCUCUCUCCCUCAACAUCGCCACUACUUUUUUCACAUAAAUUUUUUUGUAUCUUAAAUUUUGCAACUGUACCAUCCUUAAUUUCGACGCAAUUCUGAGAAAUUUAGACAGAGAAAAUACAAUGUUGGUGUCUGGUGAAGCAGCAGAAGCCCCCCCUAGUAAUAAUGGAGGAGCAAAUUCCACACAAAAUCAAAAUAAUUUGGAUCGGAAUUUGCAGUGUUCUUUUCCCAUCAUGCUUAAGUUUGUGGAUGUUUCAUAUAGAGUGAAGCUGCAUGGCGGCGGCGGGAAAUCAAGAACCGGCGGAAUAAUGAGCAUGCUCGGCGGCGGAGGCGGCGAUGUGGAGAAUCCGGCGCCGCGCCACCAGGAGCGGACGAUUUUGAACGGGAUAACGGGCACGGCGGUGCCGGGGCGGGUGCUGGCGAUCAUGGGCCCCUCCGGCAGCGGCAAAUCGACGCUCCUGAACGCGCUCGCCGGCCGCUUCCAGGGCGGCCAAGGCCUCGCCGGCGCCAUCCUCUUCAACGGCCGGAAAUUCAGCAAGCAAAUCGCGAAGAAAACCGGCUUCGUAGCGCAAGACGACGUGUUGUAUCCUCACCUGACUGUGAGAGAGACCUUGAUCUUCUGCUCGCUUCUCCGCCUUCCCGGCUCGGUGGGCCGGGAUGAGAAGAUCGCGGCGGCGGAGGCGGCGAUCGCGGAGCUGGGGCUGGGGCGGUGCGCGGACACGAUCAUUGGGAACAGCUUCGUGCGCGGCGUCUCCGGCGGGGAGCGGAAGCGGGUGAGCAUCGCGCACGAGAUGCUGGUGGACCCCAGCCUGCUGGUCCUCGACGAGCCGACGUCGGGGCUCGACGCCACGGCUGCCUACCGCCUCGUGGCGGCGCUGGGGGGGCUCGCGGCGAGGGGGAAGACGGUGGUGAUGUCGGUGCACCAGCCGUCCAGCCGCGCCUACCAGAUGUUCGACGAUUUGCUCGUGCUGUCGGAGGGCCGCUGCAUAUACUUCGGCACCCGGGGCCAAGCCACGCCUUACUUCGACAGCAUCGGCUUCUCUCCGCUCUUCCCCAUGAAUCCGGCCGACUUCAUGCUCGAUCUAGCCAACGGGGUAUGCCAAGUUGAUGGGUUUAGUGAGAGGGAGAGGCCUAAUGUGAGGCAAACUCUUGUAUCCUCCUAUAACAAUGUGCUUGCUCCAAAGGUUAAAACGGCUUGCAUGGAAGCUCCGGUGGUGGGGAAUGGGAAUGGGAAUCCUCCGACUAAGGAGUACAGCUGCACGAGCCAUUUAGCGACUUGGUUUAACCAGUUGAGCAUUCUGCUGCAGCGGAACCUCAAAGAGCGGAAGCACGAGACCUUCAACUCUUUGAGGGUGUUCCAAGUGAUCACGGCCUCGUUGCUAGGUGGUUUCAUGUGGUGGCAUUCCGACUACAGAGAUGUCCAGGACCGCCUAGGUCUCCUCUUCUUCGUCUCCAUCUUCUGGGGCGUCUUCCCCUCCUUCAAUGCGGUCUUCGCCUUCCCCCAGGAGCGAGCCAUCUUCAUGAAGGAGAAGGCAGCCGGGAUGUACACGUUAUCGUCCUACUUCAUGGCCCGGAUCACCGGGGACCUACCGAUGGAGCUCAUCCUCCCGACCCUCUUCCUGUCCAUACUCUACUGGAUGACGGGGCUCAAGCCCGAGCUCUCAGCUUUCGUCUUGACAUUACUCGUCUUGUUAGCCUACGUGCUUGUGUCCAUCGGCCUUGGCCUCGCGCUUGGUGCCUUCAUCAUGGAUGCCAAGCAGGCCUCGACGAUGGUCACAGUCACGAUGCUCGCCUUUGUGCUGACCGGGGGUUACUACGUGCACAAAGUGCCCCCCUUUGUGGCGUGGAUAAAGUACGCAUCCACGACGUUCUACACCUACCGGCUGCUCAUCAACGUCCAAUACGGGGACGGGGAGAGCAUCUCCUCAUUGCUCGGUUGCUCCUCGACGGGAAGACACCACGACAUAGCGACAUGUAGGUUUGUGCACGAGGACAUCAGCGGGCAGAUCCACCCGGCGUUGAGCGUGGGGAUUCUGGUGAUCAUGUUUGUAGGGUACAGAGUGUUGGCCUACCUUGCCCUAAGGCGAAUCAAAGCUUGAUGGAAUAGGGGAAUGGGAUGCACAAAGUGGUUUGUUGCUGAGAUGUUUUGUGUUGGAUUCGAGUUAACUCUAAUGGUGGAAGUAGGAAAAGAAUUAGUUUGAAUCAUGAUCAAGUGUAAUUAAAGUUGUAAGACAGUUGCUUUUUCAAUGUCACGAGCUAGCAAUUAACUAGCUAGCUGCCAUUUUAAUUCCAA